AUGGAAGACUGCAUGGGCAAGCUGGGCGGACUCUACGAUGAGCUUGCGGGGAUCCAGGCUGAGGUCCCGUCCAGGGACAUCGUGGAGAGAGCCAGAGCCUGCGAAAAAGAUGGGGACGGUGUGUGUGCAGUUACCAAAGCUCUAGCUAACGUUGCUGAUGGUCACGAGGAGGAGGGUGUCUACAAAGUUCUCCUAGGUGCGAGACUUCUGGUAACAGUUCCGUGGACACAUAUCAAUAUCGGAGAUGGCCCACUCGAGCAACAUCCUGCUUUGCGACCGAGGGAUUUUAUUGAUACACUGGCACAACUGAACAAGUUCCACUGUAUUAUAGGCACCGACUUGGAAUGUGCCCCGAGAGUACUUCAGGACUUCUGGUGUAACUUCAAAGACCAAUUCAGGGAGCAUCCUGUAUCGAGGGCCAUCGAUACAUUGGACACAGGGCACCUUGUGCCGUUAAGUCUUCACGGCGACGGCGGCCGCACGUACAAGAAAAGCGAGUUGAUGAUUCUUCAAUGGCAGCCGGCAAUAGGUUCCGGAUCUUCGAAAUCGACGUCGAAUCCCAAAAAGCGCAAACUUAGGGAUGACAUUGAUGCUGCUGGUGUCAACUUACUUGGCCACAGUUUGGCUACGAGGUAUCUGAUAAGUGUGCUCCAGAAGAAAUACUACAUCGAUGCUUCCGAACCUCUUCAAUCUCUGCUCGGCCACAUUUCGGAUUGGUUCGGGGACCUGUGGGAGAAUGGCUAUGAGUUUCAAGGUCAAACCUGGCGGUUUAUCCUCCUGGGGCUGAAAGGUGACCUGGUGUUUCAUGCUAAGGCGGCUAACCUGGAACGAUCCUUCACCCGAGUCCGUAAGAAGGCCAAAACUGCGAAUUCUAAACCCCUCCUUGGAUGCUGUCCCUGGUGUCUUGCCGGAACUGAAACAAUUGCCUUCGAGUGUUUUGAUCGACACGCUGCUUGGAUGCAAACUACAGGGCCCCGGAACCCGAUGCCUUGGACCACCGCACCAUCAAUCUUGAGAUCGAUCCCACACGCUCCUGAUCAGCCGGCAUUCUUGAAACCCGAUCUGUUCCACAUUUUGCAAAUGGGGGUAUACAAAGAGUAUGCCGCGAGUGGGCUUUGCAUGCUGUUGCCGCUUUGUGGUGGCACUUCUCAAGACGAGAAUAUGGCACUGAUGAACCGCUAUCUGGGGCAGUAUGUCAAGGAACGGAAAGUGAAUCUGCACAUGUCAAAGCUCAGCUUGGAUCUUAUUGGUGCCAAGACUCCCACCACAUAUGCGUGUGGUGGCUGGAACAAGGGUAAGCUUGAUCUUCCUGCUCACGAAAAGCCCUGGAAAUACCUCACGCAAGGUUCUGCAUCUAUGGAAACGGCAAUGCGUAUACUUUACUCGGAAGGGGCUUUCAUGCCCAAGAGCUCGGCCAAGCAAGUUUCGGACGCCGGUUACUGUUUUUUGCUGUGCUAUUCGCAAUUGGUGCACUGGGCGAUACAAUCGAAGAAGCUGCUCUUCAACCUCGUACCCAAACACCACUACCUCCACCACGUUAUGGAGGAUUUGCGAGUUGCUUCUGAAGAUCCCAAAGUGUCGCUUGUGUAUAAUCCUGUGGCAAACUGCACUUCGCAAUGUGAAGACUUCAUUGGCCAUGUGGCCAGAUUAUCAAGACGGGUGACUCCAAGGUGGCCACACUCCCGAGUUUUACGUAGAUAUCUCGCUUUGCUGGCCGAGAAGUUGGGCAUGCUCCCGAAAUCGUGA